GCGAGGAUGGAGGUGGAAGAUCUGUUCACCGACCUGACAGACGGGAAGAAACUGCUAAAACUUUUGGAGAUUAUUUCCGGAGAAAAGCUCGGAAAGCCAAAUCAUGGAAAAAUGCGAGUUCAUAAAAUAGAAAAUGUCAACAAAAGUUUGGCCUUUUUGCACACAAAGGUACGAUUAGAGAGUAUUGGUGCAGAAGACAUUGUGGACGGUAAUCCUCGAUUAAUUUUGGGUUUGAUUUGGACAAUUAUUCUUCGUUUCCAGAUUCAGGAGAUAGAAAUUGAUGUGAACGAAGAUGAUGAAAGCAGUGAAAAAAAGUCAGCUAAAGAUGCACUUUUAUUAUGGUGCCAACGUAAAACAGCAGGUUACCCACAUGUCAACAUCCAGGAUUUUACAAGCAGCUGGAGAAGUGGGUUAGGGUUUAAUGCUCUUAUCCAUGCCCACCGACCAGACCUCAUCAACUUCAGGGCCCUUCAACCCCAUAACCAUAUAGAUAACUUGAAUAAUGCCUUCGAUAUAGCUCAGAGAGAACUGGGGAUACCUCGCCUUCUUGAUGCUGAAGAUGUAGAUAUUAACAGGCCAGAUGAAAAGUCUGUCAUCACAUAUGUGGCAUCUUACUAUCACACCUUUGCCAGGAUGAAAACAGAAAUGAAAGGAGGAAGAAGAAUUGCUAAUAUUGUUGGACAAAUGAUGGAUGCUGAUAAGCAAAAAAACAUUUAUGAGGAAUUUACAACAAGCCUGCUUGACUGGAUCCAAGAAAAGAUUAUUGAAUUAGAUGAUCGAAAAUUUCCUAACUCCCUUGAAGGCAUUCAGAGGGAUUUAUUGAGGUUUAAAGAAUAUCGUACUGUUGAAAAACCACCAAAGUAUAGAGAAAGGAGUGAGAUCGAGGCCUUGUUGUUUGCCAUUCAAACCAAAUUGAAAGCUUUAGGUCAGCCACUCUAUGUUCCUCCAGAAGGUAAACUUGUACACGAUAUUGAAAAAGCUUGGGAGCAGUUAGAAAAGGCUGAACACCAACGAGAGGUAGCACUGAGAGAAGAGCUUCUCCGGCAGAAAAGAUUGGAAAACUUAGCUUAUAGAUUUGAGAAAAAGAGUGUGCUGCGUGAAGGAUACUUGAAAGAAAUGAUCCAGGUUUUGUCUGAUCCCCGAUAUGGAAGCAACCUGGCACAAGUUGAAGCAACAGUUAAGAAACAUGAAGCAAUUAGUGCAGACAUUAUGGCAAGGGAAGAAAGAUUUGCAAACUUGACUGUAAUGGCUGAUGAGCUAGUGGCAGAAAAUUUCCAUGGCAAAGACAAGAUAAAAAAAAGAGAGACAGAGAUUCUUCAGCGUUGGCAUUAUCUGUUAGAACUUCUGAAGAAACACAGGAUAUCUCUCACUGGAUUCAGUAAUUUAAUGAGUAUCCUGAGAGAGAUUGACACAAUAACUGAUGAAAUCAAGGAGAUGGAGGGAAGUAUCUACUCUGAUGAUCUAGGACGCCAUCUGUUGUCAGUUGAGGAUCUAUUACAGAAACUUAGCUUGAUGGAGGCUCAGAUCACAUCACAAGGAGACACAAUUCGAAAACUGAACAAACAAGCACAGUUAUUUAUUCAAGAAGGAUACAAGGAAGCUCCUGUAUUGCAGAAGCGGUUGGAUAAGUUGAAUGGAGAAUAUGAUAAUCUUGUGCAGCUGGCUCAUAAUCGAAGAGCCAAGUUGGAGGAAUCUCGUGCAUAUUAUCAGUUUGUUCAAGACCACGAGGAAGAAGAAGCUUGGGUGGUAGAGAGACAAAGAAUUUGUAAAACAGUGAUUCCUGGGAAGGACUUAUUGGGUGUAACAUCUUUACAGCAGAAACACAAGGGUCUGGAAGCAGAAAUUAAAUCUCAUUGGGCAAGAACCCAGAAGGUGAUCAAAGCUGGAGAAAAAUUGGUCCAAACCAAUCAUCCACAGAGCAGGGAUAUUCGACAGAGGAUUCAAACUUUGAAGAACAAAUGGGAUCACCUACAUGAACUGACAGCUUUAAGACGUAAACAGUUAGAGGAUGCAUCUUCAGCUUAUCAGUAUUAUGCUGAUGUGAAUGAAGCAGAAUCUUGGAUGCGAGAAAAAAUGUCUCUUGUUUCAAGUGAAGAUUUUGGUGAAGAUGAACCAAGUGCUAGAGCUCUUUUGCAGAGACAUAGCCGGUUAGAGAGUGAGAUCAAGGCUUAUGAAGCUGACAUUCAGCGACUGAAUGAUCAAUCAGACAAAAUGAUAAAAUCAGGAAUUGCUACUCUCAGUGUUUUAGAUAAUACUCCAGAAGAACCAGAGAAAGAGGAGUGGAUAGAGGAGGUAAUAAUGGUUCCAACAGAAGAGUGGGUAGAUGAAAUUGUUGAACAAGAAGUAUUAAGGGACACAAUAGAAGAACGAAGAAUUCCUCAAGUUCGAGCACUUUAUGCUUUUCGUGGCCAAGGAAUGGAAAUGCAGAAAGGAGAGGUGAUGCUAUUGUUACAAAAAACAAAUUCUGAUUGGUGGCAUGCCCGCAGAGGAAAUGGACAAGAUGGAUUUGUUCCAGCUAACUAUGUGAAAGAAAUUGAACCCAAAGUUAUUAAAAAAGUUGUUAAACAGUCAGUCAAAGUUCCUCAGAAACAGAGAGUCAAAAAACGAGUUAUGAAACAACAAGUUGUAAAAAAGAAAAAACAGUCUCCAAAUAAUAAAAAACCCUUAUCAAGAUCUUCAAGUCGUAAAGAUGGAAUGAAAGUGGAAGAGCGCCAAAAAGCAAUAAAUAAAACUUUUGAUGACUUGGUUCACCUUGCCAAGGCCAGGCGUAACUUUUUAGAAGAUGCUCUCAAGCUGUUUGGAUUUUACAGAGAUUGUGAAGAUUUUGAAAAUUGGAUGAAAGAUAAGGAAAGAAUGUUGACAACAGAUGAUGCCAAUGACAGUGUUGAUGUAAUGAAGAAAAAGUUUGAGCAUUUCUUGACUGACUUAUCAGCAACUAGUCGACGAGUAGAAGAUGUUGAUCAAAUGGUCAAUGAAUUUGUCCAUACAAAACACAGCCAGAUUGGAGCUAUAAAAACAAGACAGAGACAGAUACAUGACAGGUGGAACAGGUUAAAUAAGCUGAAAACUGAGAAGGAACGAAGCUUGGAGGGAGCCACCAGUGUGGAGCUGUUUAAUAGAACAUGUGACGAAGCAAGAGAUUGGAUGUUGGAGAAGUUGGACAAGAUGGAUACAGAUGAGAUGGGUAGAGACAUGAAAACAGUACAGGCAUUGCAGAGGAGACACCAGAAUUUAGAACGAGAACUUGCUCCUGUGGAAGAAAAAUUUAACAGAGUGAAUCUCCUAGCUGAUUCAGUGAAGGCAUCAUAUCCUAGUGAACGAUCCAAUAUUACAUUACGACAAAAAGAAAUGCAAAGUAUAUGGGACAGAGUCAAGGCAAAAGCAGCAGAACGAAAGGCAAGGUUAGAUGAAUCAAUGGGCAGACAAAUCUUCAAUAACAGUGCCAUGAGUCUGUUAUCCUGGGUUAGCAAUGUAAAGCAGUCACUUAACAGUGAUGAGCCAGCUCGUGAUGUCACCACUGCGGAGAAUCUACUAAAAGACCAUGAAGAUCUUGGAAAUGAAAUCAGAACUCACGAAGAUGAGUUUAAUGAUGUGCAGGAAUUAGGUAAAAUGUUAUUGCGGAAAAAUCCAGAAGCAUCAGACAUUCGAAAUAUGGUGGUACAACUGAAAGAGGAACAUGAUGCUAUACAUCGUGGUUGGCAAGAGAAGUAUGAUUGGCUACGACAGUGUAUGGAUCUACAGGUAUUCAACAGGGAAGCAGACCAAAUUGAUAGCAUUACCAACAGUCACAAUGCGUUUUUGGAAUUUGAAGAUCUUGGGACCACACUUGAUGAUGUGGAGGCUUUGUUAAAACGACACGAGAACUUUAUGAAUACUCUGAAUGCUCAGGAUGAAAGACUUAAGAAUUUUGUUGUUAUGGCUGAAAAACUGAUUGCUGCUGGACACUAUGAAAGCAAAUAUAUUGAUGAAAGACAGCAUCAAGUAGUGGCCCUCAGAGAAGCAGUAAAGGAAAAAGCAGAAAAAAGAAAAGAUAUGUUGGAAACAUCUCUUGUCUAUCAAAGGUUUAGAGCUGAAGGUGAUGAGCUGAUGGCAUGGGUGCAGGAAAAAAUGAAAACAGCUGGAGAUGAAUGUUACCGUGAUUUAACUAACCUUGAACGUAAGCUCCAGAAACACGAAGCUUUUGAAGCUGAGGUCAAGGCAAAUGAGCCCAGAGUAGACAUUAUUAACAAGACUGGCACUGAACUGAUUAGUGAUGGGAACUUUGCCAGUGAGAAAGUCAUUGAGCUACUAGACCGUUUAAACACCCAGUGGGAUGAUCUUUGCUCCCAGACUAAAGACAAGGGUCAUAAGCUGAGACAGGCUGUUUCCCAACACUCUUACAACAGAACACUAGAGAGUGCACGAUGUAAACUAGAUGAACUUGAAGGAUCUUUGGCAUCCGAUGAUCGAGGUCAUGACUUAAGAAGUGUAAAAGAACUCUUAAAAAAACAUCAGGUACUAGAAACAGAACUUGGGGUAUGGGAAAACAAAGUCCAAGAAGUGAUUAACCUUGGACAAGAGAUGGCUCGACAAGGGCACUUUGAUGCUCCAAAUAUCCUUAAGGCUGCUAAAGCUGUGAGUGACAGGUCUUCCAGUCUAGAAGUCCCUGCAGCUGAAAGACGUCAUCAACUUGAAGAAUCUCUUAAAUUUCACCAGUUUAAUUUUGAUGUUGAUGCAGAAAUGCAAUGGAUCAGAGAUCACCUGCCUGCAGCAUCAUCACAAGAUGUUGGCCAGAAUCUUAUUGAUGCUCAGAACUUAUACAAGAAGCAUCUGAAACUGGAACGAGAAAUCCAAGGGCAUCAGCCAAUUAUUGAUAAACUUCUGGCUUGUGGUGAAGCACUAGCUGACCAAAAGCAUUUUGCUGCCUCAUCUAUUCUAAUCAAGUGUGAGGAACUUCAUCAGAAUUGGCAGGAACUUCUGUCAUUAGCUGUUGAAAGGAAGAAGAAGUUAGAACUUUCUCUCAGGGCUCAACAGUUUUACACAGAAGCAAAUGAGGUGGAAACAUGGAUAACAGAGAAAAAUGACAUUUUAACAAGUACUGAUUAUGGUCGUGAUGAAGAUGGAGCUGUCAGGCUUUUAACCAAGCAUAAGGCCUUGGAGUUAGAAAUUGAUACCUAUACAGGAUUAGUCAAUGAGAUGGCUCGUCAAGCACAAAAAAUGGUUGACUCGAACCACCCAGAGAGUAAAGUCAUCAAUGGCAGAAUUCAAAUGAUACAGAAGGAGGUGAAAAAACUUCAGAAAUUGGCAACUGUAAGACGACAGAAACUUGUUGAGUCAAAGAACCGUCAUGAGUACUUCAGAGAAAGUGAAGAGUUGGAAAAUUGGAUUAAUGAAGAAAUGCAGAUGGCAGCUUCUGAAGAGUAUGGACAAGAUUAUGAGCAUUUAUUGCUGCUUCAAAGCAAGUUUGAUGACUUCCGUCAUCGGAUAGAAGCUGGUUCGGAGAGGUACAGCCAAUGUGAGGAACUGUGCCGAAAGCUAACAGCAGUGGAGAGCCCCUACACCGGAGAACUUAUACAAAGACAGGAGCAUCUAAGGAAUGCAUGGGAUCAGUUGUGGGAUCACAUUGAAGCCAGAGAUCAGAAGCUUCAGGCAGCUGGAGAGAUCCAUCGAUUUAAUAGAGAUGUAGCUGAAGCUCUCUCCAGGAUACAAGAAAAAUAUGCCAGCAUUCCUGAUGACUUGGGAAGGGAUCUCAACUCCGUUCAGAGCUUAAGAAAGAAACACGAAGGCUUUGAAAACGAUUUAGUUGCUUUGGAAGCACAGCUUCAAGUUUUGGUGGAUGACAGUGUAAGACUUCAAGAAACCUAUCCAGGUGGAAAUGCAGAACAUAUUGCAGAACAGCAAAACUACGUUGUUGAAAGUUGGAACUCACUUCAGGAGCGAGCUCAGCUGCGUAAAGAACAAAUAGAAAAUGCAAUUCUUUUUCAUCGUUUCUUGGCUUUGGUUCGAGAUCUAGAGACAUGGGCUCAGAGUCUGUGUUCUUCUAUGAACACAGAAGAAAAGGUACGUGAUGCUACUGCUGCACAACUUCUUAAAACGGAACAUGAACACUUGAAAGCAGAAAUUGAAGCUAGAGAGGAAAACUUCAGGAAUGUUGUUCAAAAUGGAGAGAUGAUGAUACAAAAGGAACAUUAUGCCAGUGCUGAGAUUAGAGAACGUCUAAACCAACUUUUGAAAAUGAGAGAACAGCUUCAUACUGGUUGGCAGAGGAAGCAUGUCUAUCUUGAUCAACUCCUGGACCUGCAUUGUUUCUUGCGAGAUGCAAAACAAUUGGAUACACUAAGUGGUCAGCAGGAGGUCUACCUCUGUGGGUCAGACUUUGGAACAACAGUAGAAGAAGUUGAUGCCCAAGUGAAAAAACAUGAGGCUUUUGAGAAACUUAUGGUAACACAAGAUGAAAAGCUAUCAUCCUUACAAGAACAUGGUAUCAAGCUAUUACAGCAGAAUCAUUUUGAAAGUGAAAUGAUACGUCACAGAAUAGAUGAGGUAACACAGAGGAGAAACAAAAUAAAGAACUUAAGUGUGACAAGGAAACAGAAGUUAACAGAUGCUUUGCUGCAUACUAAAUUUAAGAGAGACUCUGCUGAGGCAGAGACAUGGAUUGAGGAAAAAAUGAAAAAUUUAGAAGCAGAGGCCAGUAAAGGAGAUGUAGCAAGCAUAGAAGACAAAAUAAAGAAACUACAGAAACACCAGGCUUUUAGAGCAGAGCUUGCUGCUCAUGAUGAAAACAUCAAAGCCAUCAAACAGAAAGGUGAACUUCUUCUUUCAAAGAAGCAUGAAUCUUCUCCUGAGAUCAGGAUUCAGUUAGAGCAGCUUCUUAUGAAAUGGUCCCAGCUUCUGAAUGCUUCAGCUAAUCGAGGGCGAGGUCUAGAAGAGGCACAAGAUAUAUUUGAAUUAAAUAAUCAGAUGGAGAAGGUUGAGGCUUGGAUUAGGGAUAAGGAAAUGAUGGUCCAAGCAGGAGAUACAGGCAGAGAUUAUGAACAUUGUCUGGCUCUUCAGAGGAAGUUAAAUGAUGUAGAUUCGGAUAUGCUGGUAGAUGACUCCAGGAUUAAAACCAUCAAUAGUUUAGCAGACAAGUUGAUUCGACAAGGACGUUCUGAUACUCAAGCAUUGCAACAUCGUCGAGAAGAACUUAACCAUAAGUGGAAAGCUUUACAGGGCUCAAUAGCUGACUAUAGGAUAAAGCUGGCUGGAGCACUGGAGGUUCAUGCAUUUAACAGAGAUGUAGAUGAUACAAAUGAUCGAAUCAAUGAAAAGGCAGUGACUUUGUCAGUAGAUGAUGAUGGAAAAGAUCUUCAUGUGGUAGAGGCAUUACAACGGAAACAGGAAGCUGUAGAAAGGGAAAUGACUGCUAUUGAGUCAAAGUUGCGAGAGCAUGAUUCUGAAGCUCGACGGUUGAUACAAAAAUACCCAGAUAUGGCUACUCCUAUUCGAACUAAAGUUACUGAAAUUCAAGAAAAUUGGAGAAAAUUGACAAAUCUAUGUCAUGGCAGGAAACAGCGUUUGGCCAGUGCUUAUACUUUGUGCAAGUUUUUGUUUGAUUUGAAGAAACUGGAAUCAUGGGUAAAUGACAUGACUGACCGUAUGACGUCAGGUGAACUGGCAACUUCUAACGUAGAGGCCCAAAGUAUGUUACAACUUCAUCAGGAAAGAAAGGCUGAAAUAGAUGGUAGAAAAGAGACAUUUCAGUUUCUAAAGGAGUUUGGCCACCGACUCCUACAACAGAAACAUCCAGCAAAGGAAACCAUUGAAGAGAGCCUGCAAUACUUGGAAGAACUGCGACGUACCUUGACACAAGCAUGGGAAGAGCAACGACAAAUGUUGACACAGUGCUAUGAUUUACAGGUGUUCAAAGAACAUGCUAAACAAGCAGAAACAUGGUUAGCAUCAAAAGAAGCAUUCUUGAACAAUGAAGAUCUUGGGGUAAAGAUAUUUAUAAUGUUUUGUACCAAAGAAAGACUGGUACCCAAUUCUGUAGAUGAAGCUAAAGGUUCUUUUUCACUUAUCCAGGACAGUUCAUCUUCAACAUCUCUAAGAAAUUGUUGUAGCAUCAAGGCAUCUUCAAGAUUUUCUCGUCGAAUCUGGGCAUUGGAGGCAGAAAUCCAUGCUCACGAACCACUAGUUUCUGCUGUAACCAGUAAAGGCCGUCACAUGAUUCGCAGCAGCCAUUUUGCUGCAAAAGAUAUUGAGGCUAAACUGCAAGAUUUACAGUCACAACUUCAUCAUCUGAAAGACUUGGCUAGUAUUCGUAGACUGCGCCUUCAAGAUGCUGUGGAAUCCCAAAUGUUUUACACUGAAGCUAGUGAAGCAGAAGCCUGGAUAAGGGAGAAGAAACCUCUUCUCACAAAUCCAGAUUUGGGGAAAGAUGAAGACUCUGUGCAGGCUUUGAUGAAGAAACUAGAUGGACUAGUACGAGAUAUUGAAAGUUUUAACAACAACAUUGCAAAAUUGGCAAAGCUAGGACAGGGGCUUGUGGAAAGAGGUCAUUUUGAUAGUGAAAAUAUUUUAAAAAAGCAAGUGUCAGUUGAAGAAGAAUACGAGCAACUACAAAAGCUUGCAGAGGAGAGAGAUCAAAAACUUCAAGACAGUAGAAGAUUCUUUAUGUUUAUGAGAGAAGCUGAUGAAGUGGAAACUUGGAUUCAUGAUCAGAUGGUUAUUGCAAGCUCUGAAGAUGUUGGAAAGGACCUUGAACACAUUGAAAUUUUGAUCCAGAAGUUUGAAGGAUUCCUAAUCAGUCUUCAUUCUAGCGAGGAACGUGUUGGUAAAGUUAAAAAAAUGGCAGAUCUUUUGAUUGAACAAAAUCAUCCUCAAGUUGAAGAAAUUCAAGCUCGAAGUUUUCAGGUUGCUCAACUAUGGAAGGAGUUACAAGAAUGCAGUGAUGCUAGACAAGAGGCCUUAGUUGGAGCUAAGGAAGUCCACACAUUUGAUCGUAGUGCUGAUGAAACUAUCAGCUGGAUCAAUGAGAAGGAUACAACACUAUCAACUGAUGAAUUUGGUCAUGAUUUGGAAAGUGUUCUAGCACUACUGCGUCGCCACGAAGGUUUUCAGAGAGAUCUAGCAGCUGUCAAAGAACAAGUUCAGUCUUUAGUGAAAGAAGCUCAGCGUCUUGCCAGUAUAUAUCCUGAUGCAAGGGAGCACAUCAGUGCCAAACAUGAAGAAGUAGCAGAUGCUUGGAAUCAACUCCUUGAAAAAUCUGCCCAGAGGAAAGAUAGGCUCCAACAAGCUGAGAAACUACAGGCCUACUAUGAUGAAUAUAGGAUGUUGAUGUCAUGGAUAAAUGAGAUGAUGGCUCUGAUAACAGCAGAUGAGUUGGCUAAAGAUGUGCCUGGAGCUGAAGCUCUGCUUACACGGCACAAAGAACACAAAGUUGAAAUAGAUGCAAGAAUGGAACCUUGCUCUCGUUUCCAGGAAAAAGGUGAGGCUAUCAUCAUUGCAGGACACUUCAUGGCUGAUGAUGUCAGAGAUCAUAUUGAGCAGCUGAAGAGUAACUUGAAUCAGCUGAUGGAUACUUGGGAAAAAAGACAAGUUCUGUAUGAGCAAAAUCUUGAUACACAGAAAUUUGUUCUUAAUGCUGAGCAACUUGAGUUGUGGCUGCAAAGCAGAGAACCAGUUCUACGUGACAAUCAGUUUGGAGAUUCCAUAGCUGGGGUGGAAGAGUUAAUUCGUAAACAUGAUGAUUUUGAGAAAACCAUAGAGGCUCAAGAGGAAAAGUUUGCAACUCUUAAAAGGGUUACUUUGCUGGAAGAAGCAUUCCAUAAACAACAGCAGGAAGAAGAAGUGUACAAGAAGGAAGAAGCCCAGAGACGAGAACAAGAAAGAGUAGAUGCUAUGAAACGAAAGGAACAAAAAAGAAUUCUUGAUGAACGAAGAAAGGAAGAUGAAAGGCGAAGGACCCAAGAAAUUGUUUUCAAGCGACAAAAUGAGGAUUAUGACACAGAAAAUGAAGCACAAGAUCAGUUGCCUCCAUUUGGCUCAUCUCCUCGAAUGCCAGAAAUACGUAUGUCUGGAGCACUCUACCGACCAGCCAGUCAACGAUCAUUAGAUGGAGAUAAGGCCAGUCCAGUGAAACGAGUGGAAAGCAUGAGGGUUGAAUGUCUAACACCAAAAAGACCUGAUACGUUUUCUCCUUUGAAACGAUCAGAAAGUGUGAAAUUAGAUGAAAGGCAGAAGAAAGCCAAGCGAACACCAAGUUUCAACACCAGAAGAAGAACACCCAGUUUCCGUCAGCAGCGUAGGGUAGAUGACUUGCUUCCAGUGGAAAUGGAAGGGUUUUUAGAAAGAAAACAAGAGUUACAAAGUGGUGGAAAGAGAGCCACUAUACGCUCUUGGAAGACCUACUAUACUGUUCUUUGUGGCCAGCUUCUCUGCUUUUUCAAAGGUAAAGAUGCCUUCAUUGAGAACAAUGCCUCAUCUCCACCACUAGUAGUAGCACAUGCUAAGUGUUCUAAGGCUACUGAUUAUACAAAGAAAAAACAUGUAUUCAGACUUCAACUGUCUGAUGGUUCAGAAUAUCUUUUCAUGGCACAUAUGGAGAACGAAAUGCAUGAUUGGCUAGAAAAGUUAUCAUUUCAUGCAUCUCUUCCACCAAGUAUGCAGCUGAUGAGCUAUGAAACUUACAAGAAUUCCAACCUUUCCUCAGCUGUGGAUCAAAAAAACCUUGAAGAUGGAAGUCCUUUACUUUCACAAAAGUCAGAUAACAGUUCAUACACCCAACAGUAUCCAUCUAGCCCAGAAUCAACUCCUGAACAACAUCAACGUGUGAUUCGUAAUACUGUGAGUCAACCUGAACUUCAGAAUAAACAACUGACAGUUCCCCCUCCAUAUGGUGAUGCAGUUCAGAAAAGAGAAAAAGUUAAACCUCCUGUACCACCUCGAACAACAACAUCAAGGCCAGUUUCAGAACCUCCACAGCUAUAUGGCCCUGAUGAAAAAAUCUCUGUUAAAAGUCGUAUCCAGAUAUUCCAAGAACAUGCAGAAUAUUCUAAUGUUUCACAAAUCCAAGACCAGUCAUCACCAUCCUUCACAACAUUUGCUGUCAGUGGACACUCACAUCACCAAGGUCAGAAUGGAAUAGUAUCAUCAUCAGGAGAAGCUAACCUCUCUGUUUUGGGAAACCAAGAUAGUUACAGUACUAAUGAUACUCCAAUGUUGCCUUCCACAAUACCUCCUCCCUUGCCCAACAACCCCCCACCACGACCAGCAAUAAAGCAGGCCAGAGCUGAAUCUGAUGAUGACUUCCGAGGGGGCUCUGACAGUGAUUUGGACUGGCAAGGUUACCGUAGAGAUGAUAGAUUUACUAGUGAAGUGGAUGGUGUUUCUUACUGGCAGGCUUUGCCAGUAAGUCGCCCACAGACAGCCCAGGUUUCUCGUCACAUGUCCUUACCUCCAGGAACAAUUCCUCCUGAAGGAUAUCGUCCACAGAAAUAUGACAGCAGAACAAGGCAGAUGUCUUCAGAUGGCUCUUCUGAGGGAGAACUUGCAUCCCAUGCUCAUAAGAGCAAGGACAGAAAAGGCGUUUUUAGAGGGCUUUUUAAACGAAAGUAAUUGUAGUUUUAUCCCUGUCUGUGCUUGUUGUGUAUAUAGCUUGAUUUUAAUAUGCCUUUUUGUUUCACUAUAAUUUUGGUCAGAAUUGUAUAUAAUAUUUUUACUUCAGAUUGCCAUGUGUAAACAAACAUUAACUUCAUAUUAUUUCACUAAGGUGAAUUUUUUGUAUUACAUUAGUAAUAAUAAUAAUGCAGCAUGGCUUGUUUUAGUUUCUAGCAGACUUCCUUGGGCAAUAAAGUAGAAUGUUUUUCUCAUAAGUCUAUUUUGUGGAACUUAUAAUGAUUGUUAAUGGGUGUCAUGAAAUAACUUUAUAGGUGUUACAAGGAAACAUUUCUUAUACUUAAGCUUGACAUAUUACGAUUACUAUUAGGAUAACCUAGCCAAUUUGUUACUCAAGCGUUAACCGACCUAAUAUUCAUAUAUAUAUAUAUAUAUAUAUGCUGAAAAAGAACUUCUUAUGAUACAGUACUAGAAAUGUCAGAUUUGAUAACUAAAAUCAUUGUAUUGAUGCUUUGUGAUUGAAAUGUUUUGAAGAACAGCUACAGAAAUGAAGAAGAAGAAAAGAAGGCAUUUUUUUUUACUGCAGGACAGAAAAAACAAACCGUUUGUAAAAUAAAACUAUAUUGGAAUGAUAGCUUUUGUUAUUUAGCAGUCCAGUAUACCUACUGAAAUAAACUUCUUGGUGUGGUUGUUAUUUUUCUGUUUGAAAUAUUUUUUAUCCUAACUAUAAUGAGAUUACAUAUGUAUAUAUACAUAAAAGUAUUUAAAAUACCUUGUAUGUUUCAAGUAUUUUUGUAACUUCUCUUGUGUUUGAUACAAAAGUGUCACAUGAAUGUACAAAAUAACACUGAAUAACUAUAAAGUAAAGAGAUUAUGAAUUUGGGGUGAUUUUUGUUUAGUAGAAAGGUGUAUCUAACUAGAAGCUGUUUUCCAUGUAAUUUUAAUUUUAUUUGUUUUUGGUGUUUUUUUACAUUAACAUUCCAUUUUACUUCCGUCCUAAUUUUAUUUCCCAUUGAACUUAUUGAAGCAUAAUAAUUAUUUUCUAACAUUUUAGUGCCUUAGAUUUACUGAAAUGGAAAACAAGAUACUGGUGAUAAAAUAUGAUGAUAUACAUACAUCUACAAUGAAGUGUUGCAUUUCAUUGUUAUUUUUUUAUUUGUGGCAGGAAGUAGUGACAAAUGAUAGUAAUGUCAGUAUAAAGGCUAAUUUAGUCUUGCUAAUUAUAAAUUACUAUUUUUUUCUUUAUUAAACCUUCUGGAUAUACAUUCAGUACAGUUAAUUUUCUCUUAUACUGUUAUUUAAUUUUCUUCUCACCAUUCUAGAAGUUGGAAUCAUAGAUAAAUCUCAUUAUAGAAGAACUCAUACAGUUUCAGUAGUAAAGUAUAGAAAUGUGCUUUACUAUGUGCUAGUAGAAGCAAGUAACUUACUUUACUCCAGCUAUCCUAAUUAACCCAGAUCUUAUUAAGAACAUAAUGACUGCUUUUGAUGUUGGUGUAUGAAAAUGGAAAGUGUGUUGUUAAAGAAUUAUUUUUUGAAGAGUGGUGCAAUGAGUAUAACACCAAUUGAAGGAAACUGUACAAAUUUAACUUAGCAAUUAUCAGAACGUUAACUAAGUUAAAUGAGUGUUAUUGCUGUCACUAUUUUUAGAAGUAAUUCCAAAUUUUGAGAUAUUAAUUAACAACUAGAUACAUUUAUUUUAGAAAAAUGUUAAGUUUUUAAUUUCUCAUUUUGAAAACUGAAUCUUGUAAAACAGACUUCUAGAUCUGAUAAUAGAUAAUGCUGAAAUAAUUCACUUUGUAGCUUUAGUUAAAUUUCCUGUUUUUAGUUGUGAAGGAUUAGUUUGAUGAAAUACUUUCCAGUUAAACCACACCAUAUUCUGAUUUAAAGAUUUAUUGAGACAUGAAAUUUGGUUGCAUUUGUUUUGAUGGAAAACAUGAAACAGGAUAUUUAUUCUUUGUACUGAAGUUAAAUCUGAAGUAAUUUUCUAUCAGAUUCCUUAAUUUGUAUCUCACCCUUGUACUUUUUUUUUGUGAAUUAAAUAUGUAAAGUCAUGUUAACAUGAAUAUAAUUUGAUAGAGACAAAAUGGAAAGCUUAACAUGUAAUAACAUGGGAUCAGAAUUAUUCUACUAAAUAAUUUAUUUGUAAUCUUUUACCCAUAUUUUGGACAUUAAAGUGAAGUUUAUGACUUUUUACCUGCUUUUUGAGAA